GCAGACGUAGGGAGAAACCUGGAACAUUGCGUGGUGCAUUUUUUCAGAGCGAUGACUCAUUUCAGUUCACAAAGGAUUCUGGGCAGGGUAGUGAGAAGUCAGGUUGGCUGAUCCAUUCCUAUGACUUCACUUUGCAGAGAGCCAGGCAGAAGAGGAGUGACACUGCAGAAUCCUGAGGCAUUGCAGUGGAGAGGUGCUUUGCUAAGACUGUCCUGUGGCACUGAUCUCUGCUGCUGCCAGCUUCCACAGUGAUAUAAAACCCCAAUAUGCACAGUGUUCUUACAUCACAGCUACUCUGGAUACUGUACUGGAGCAUGGAACCAGAUCAUAGGGGUUCAGGUGAUGUAUCACCAAUCAGCAUGUCUCCCAUCAGUCAGUCACAGUUUAUUCCACUUGGGGAAAUCCUUUGCCUGGCCAUCUCAGCAAUGAACUCUGCCCGAAAACAAGUCACACAAGAAGCACUAAUGGAGCACCUAACAACCUGCUUCCCAGGGGUUCCAACACCUAGUCCAGAAAUCCUUCGACAUACCUUGAAUAUGCUUGUACGGGAGAGGAAAAUAUACCCAACUCCAGAUGGUUAUUUCAUUGUAACCCCACAGACUUACUUUAUAACACCAUCUCUCAUAAGAACUAACAGUAAAUGGUACCAUUUGGAUGAGAGGAUACCUGACAGGUCUCAAUGUACCUCUCCACAACAAGGAACUAUCACUCCCUCCACCUCGGGAUGCGUCAGGGAUCGAACACUACCCAAAAACCACUGCGACUCCUGCCAUUGUUGCAGAGAAGACAUGCACAGCAUGCAUGCAUCUACCCUGCAGAGGAAGUCAGCAAAAGACUGUAAAGACUCAUAUUGUCCUCCUUCAUUAUGCCAGGUCCCACCCACUGAGAAAAGUAAAAGUACUGUCAAUUUUUCUUAUAAGGCAGAGACGCUCACAAAGCCUAAGGAUGUAGAAAAGCAGUCAAAGAAAUUUGGACUCAAAUUAUUCCGAUUAAGUUUUAAGAAGGACAAGACAAAACAGUUGGCAAAUUUCUCUGCCCAGUUUCCUCCAGAGGAGUGGCCACUGAGAGACGAGGACACCCCUACCACUAUACCUAGAGAGGUAGAGAUGGAGAUUAUCAGGCGCAUUAACCCAGAUUUGACUGUGGAAAAUGUCAUGAGGCACACUGCACUAAUGAAGAAACUUGAAGAAGAAAAAGCUCAACGAAGCAAAGCGGGAUCUUCAGCUCACCACAGUGGACGAAGUAAAAAAAGUAGGAAUCACAGAAAGUCUCAUGGGAAAUCGAGGUCACACAGCAAGACUCGGGUAUCCAAAGGAGAUCCAUCAGAUGGCUCUCAUUUGGAUAUACCUGCUGAAAGAGAGUAUGAGUUCUAUGAUCCCUUGACUCGAUCCCCACGGGAAGGCUGUUUCAUAAUAGAACACAAGGGAGAUAAUUUUAUAAUGCACAGCAACCCUAGCAUGAUUGAAUCUCACUUUCCCAUGACACCAGAAUGGGAUGUGUCUGGUGAGCUGGCCAAAAGAAGAACUGAAAUGCCUUUUCCUGAACCUUCCAGGGGAAGCUCCCACUCUAAGGUCCAUCGGAGCCACAGCCAUACACAGGAUAGACGAUCGAGGAAUGAGCGGUCUAGUAAGGCUAAAGAAAGGUCUAGAUCCAUGGAUAACUCCAAGGGACCUCUGGGCUCAGCUACUUUAGGCACACCUGAAGACAUGGGUGAAGGCUGUAGCCCAGAUGACCAAACAACUAGCCAAACUUACAUUGAUGAUAGUACCUUAAGGCCAUCUCAGUCACUCAGUCAUCAAAGGGCUCUGAUUUCAUCUGCAAGCUACAAAGAGACUUGCAUCCCUGAAAUAGCUAGCGGCAGUGUAGAAACCCCCAGUUCCUGUAGUCUGCUGGAACAAAAGCCUACGGAGAAUUUGCCAUCGUAUAGUGAGCUCAACUCCUGCACAACAAAAUCUGCAGUCGAUGACUAUUUCCAGUGCAACACGUCCAGUGAGACUGUGCUUACUGCUCCGUCACCACUGGGAAAGAACAAAGAGGAUCAUGACACGCUGACAGGGACAGAUGGGCUCAAAAAAAUGACUCCCUCAGAAAGACAGUCUCAGCAUGUUCCCAGGGAGCCUGGGGUGCACAAAGAGGAGUCCCCAAAGGGCCCAAGCAGUGGUUCAGUGGUUGUUGGCCAGACUCCAGAGGUGAUUGCAAAUGGACGGCUGGUUCAACACCACAGUGCUGAAUCAAGCAGCCUUGAUAAAAGGAAAGAAAUAUUUAGCAAGGAUACACUCUUCAAACCUCUGCACAACACUCUCUCUGUGAAUAGUUUCCAUAAGUCUAGCACACCCCUGCUAAAGCCCCAUCAAAAGACCCCUUCUGACACGUUACCAGUCAGAUGUGAGAAACUUGAACAAGCGAUAGUAACCUCAGUCACACAAGUCAUGCCUGUCUCACAGAGACAGCAAGAGACAGCUGGGAACCAGGAGGCCUCUUUUGACUACUACAACGUAUCUGAUGAUGACGACUCAGAGGAGGGAACCAACAAAAAUGCCGAGGAAGAGAAGAACAGGGAUGAUGUUGGCACAAUGCAGUGGCUCCUGGAGAGGGAAAAAGAGAGAGAUCUGCAAAGAAAGUUCGAGAAGAAUCUCACUCUUCUCACCCCAAAAGAAACAGAAAAUAGCAACAACCAGAGAGCCACCCACUCAGCCCGUCUGGACAGCAUGGACAGCAGCAGCAUUACUGUGGACAGCGGGUUCAACUCUCCACGGUUAAGAAUCCUUCACUCGAGCAUACUUCUUUCUCCCUCUGGACUUUAGCUAUCCUAAGUCCCUGCUGGAAUGGAGCUUGCCUGGUUUUGUUUGCCCUGGAUAGCAACCCAUCAGAGUUGAGAACAAUGACUCUGAAACCACAGAAAUAAUUUACUAUGCUUGUUCUCCUAUAGUGUCUUACUUAGGUUUAAAUUAUUUAUUGCCUGUGUUUAAAAAUAAAACCUCCAAGACUGGAUUUGUAUUAGAGGAAAGAAAAUUGUUUUCUUUUAACUUAAAAAGUGUUCUUAAUCCUCAAAAUUAUAUAGUUUUACAGAUCUACUGCAAAGGCUUGCAGAAAGGCACAUGAAGGGUUUCCUGCUUCUACACACAGGACUAACUUUCCUUUUCAGUUAAAGUCAUGUUAUUCUGAAAUAAAUUCCUUUGGAUUUGAUGGUUACUCCUGCUUGAUGUUAGUGACAAGGCAGGAAUUGCUGGGCCUGCUGCAGCACGCAGCAAACAUCAAACUACUGGGGUGGACUUUUAACAUAUGUAUGAUUUUUUCAUAAGUAAAAAAAAAUUUGAAGUAAUUUGAGUAAAAUGAUCAUGUUUGCACCAAAUCUAACUUAAAAAAGGGAAUACAAGAAGAUUUUGAUUUUGCUGCUCUGUAGAUGCUUGACAUCUUUCUCACAUACAGCUGCUGUAUGAGGCUAUUUGUGCUGUUUACUUUAAAAUGUAAUCUCUUUAAGUUGAAGUUCUAUACUGGCAGUCAGUUUUUACAGGGAAGUAUGUAAUGUUUGUUACAGCUUGCCCAGCCUAUUCUACUCUGCUCAGUGUGUUUCAUCUCCAGGACAAGAUGUUGACUGGAUAAAAAUCAGUUCUUAGUUUUGCUAGAUGCAUGCUAACUGAAUGUAAGCUUGCUUUACUGGUUAAUGCAAAGUCAGACAUUUUCUUCUGUAAUUAUUUACACAAAGGCUAAAAUUUCUGUUGAAGUUCAACCUGAACUUAGAUUGAAGAGAAUGGAACGUUGUGAGCUUACUGAAUUCAGCUUUUGUUAAGAUUAAAAGGGAAACAGAUAAGCAGCUUUUAAUAAUGAUCAUGUUCUACACAGCAUGUUUUAAUUUUAUUAAUUAUGAUUCUUUUUUUUUUUUU